AUGGAUACAGGAAAUGAGACAUCAAGCACAGACUUCAUUCUCCUGGGCCUUUUCCCAGGGAUGAGACAUAUCGGCAUCCUUGUCUCCAUAAUCCUCCUGAUUUACACCAUCGCCUUGACAGGAAAUGCCACUCUGAUCUUUCUCAUCUGGGUCGAUCCCCACCUCCAUACCUCCAUGUAUUUUCUGCUUAGCCAGCUCUCCCUCAUUGACUUAGCUUUCAUCUCUAGCACAGUCCCUAAAAUGGCAGUCAACUUUUUCUCAGGGAAGAAGAAAAUCUCCCUGAUUGGCUGUGGGACCCAGAUCUUCUUUACCUUGUCUCUGGGGAUUGCUGAGUGCAUCCUCCUGACCCUCAUGGCUUAUGAUCGAUAUGUAGCCAUCUGUCACCCUCUGAAAUACCCAAUCAUUGUAAGUCCCCGGGUCUCCCAGCAGAUGGCCAUUGGAUCCUGGGUAGCGGGGGCUUUGGCAUCCUUGGUUCACACAACCUACUCCAUGCACUUUCCUCUUUGUGGCCCACGGGAACUCCAUCACUUCUUCUGUGAGGUAAAGGCCAUCUUGAAACUGUCUUGUGAGGAUAUUUCUGCUUAUGAGAAAGGGGUGGUGGUGACCAGCAUUAUUGUGGUUCUUCUCCCUGUAAGCCUAAUUUUGACCUCCUACACCCUCAUUUUCCUGGCAGUCUUACAAAUGAACUCACCAGAAGGGAGGAACAAGGCUCUGGCCACCUGUUCUUCCCAUUUGACUGUGGUCACUUUUUACUAUGGUCCAGCCAUGAUGAUAUACAUGAGGCCUGGAUCCUCCCACACCCCCAUCUUAAACCAGGCUCUCUUCAUGUUCGACACCAUCCUCACUCCCAUGAUGAACCCCCUUAUCUACAGUCUGAGGAACAGGGAAGUUGUGAGUGCACUGAGAAAAGUAUUGAAGAGAUGCCUCAUCUCAAAGUAG